AUGCCCCGUGAAGCAGAACCCUCCCUCAACGAGAAGGCGUUCGUCACGCAAGCCCUUCAGGAGCAGUUGCGACUCGACAACCGCGCCUUCGGCGACUACAGGCCGAUCGAGCUCAGCUUCGGCGACGAGUAUGGCGCCGCCGAGGUGAAGCUCGGCAAAACGAGAGUCCUCGCCAGAACCUCCGCCGAAGUCACAGUCCCCUACCCCGACCGCCCCUUCGACGGCGUCUUCAACAUCGUGACCGAGCUCAGCCCCAUGGCCUCCCCAGCCUUCGAGGUCAACCGCCCCACCGAGACCGAGGUCCUCCUCUCGCGCACGCUGGAGAAGACGGUGCGGCGGUCGGGCGCCCUGGACGUGGAGUCGCUGUGCCUGGUGGCGGGGCAGAAGUGCUGGUCGAUCCGCGUGGACCUGCACGUGCUGUCGCACGACGGCAACCUGGUCGACGCCGCGUGCCUGGCGGUGGUGGCGUCGCUGCGGCACUUCCGCAAGCCCGACACCAGCAUGGAGGGCGAGGUGCUGACCGUCUACACGCCCGCCGAGAGGGAGCCCGUCCCGCUGAGCUGGCUGCACUCGCCCUUCUGCGUCACCUUCAGCUUCUACGGGGACGACGCCGACAUCACGCUCGUCGACGCCGACUGGACCGAGGAGCAGGUGCGCGUCGGGAGCUGCACCAUCAGCCUCAACAGGCACGGCGAGAUAUGCCAGAUCGCGAAGCUCGGGGGCACGCCGGUCGACGCGGUGGCGCUUCUGCAGUGCGCGAGCGUCGCGCUGACCAAGGCGAAGGAGUUCUCGACCCUGGUGGACCAGAAGCUCGCGGAGGACGUCAAUGGCAGAGACAAGGGAGGAUUGCUAGCGGAGCUGUCGGCAGAAAAUGAGAGGCAGGUUGAGGUUUAG